CAGAGGUUCAUUUGCCUGGAGCUCGUGGGGCCGAGAAGAAGCGAUCUGCCAUGCUGCACCUCCUAUCCAUGCUUGUCCUGCUCGUGCAGCUCCCGGGGAAUGGGGGAGCAGAAGUGAAGACCCUCUCGCAGAGAUCAGUACCCAACGCCUGCACCCUUGUCAUGUGCAGCCCCGCAGAGAAUGGCCUGCCUGGCCGUGAUGGACGGGAUGGGAGAGAGGGUCCUCGGGGCGAAAAGGGUGAUCCAGGUUUGCCAGGACGUAUGGGACUCUCAGGGAUGCCUGGCCCUGCAGGUCCAGUUGGACCCAAGGGGGACAAUGGCUCUGCUGGAGAACCUGGACCAAAGGGAGACUCUGGACCACGUGGACCUCCAGGACCUCCGGGUGUGCCUGGACCAGCCGGGAGAGAAGGCCCCUCUGGGAAGCAGGGGGACAUAGGACCUCAAGGCAUACCAGGUCCUAAAGGAGAGGCUGGGCCAAAAGGAGAUGUAGGUGCUCCAGGCAUGCAAGGAUCUGCGGGGGCAAACGGCCCUGUGGGCCCCAAGGGAGAAAGAGGCGCCCCUGGUGAGCCAGGAGCCCCUGGGAAUGAUGGGGCAGCAGGCCCUACAGGAGCUGUGGGUCCCCAGGGAGCUUCAGGACCCAGAGGGCCCCCAGGACUCAAGGGGGACAGAGGUCCUCCUGGGGACAAAGGAGCCAAAGGUGACAGUGGACUUCCAGAUAGCGCUGCACUGAAUCAACAGGUGGAGGCCUUAAGAGGACAACUACAGAAUCUAGAAGCUUCCUUCUCUCAGUAUAAGAAAGCUGCGAUCUUCCCUGAUGGCCGAAGCGUUGGAAACAAGAUCUUCAGGACGAGCGGCUCUGAAAAGUCUUUUGCAGAUGCCCAGGUGGUGUGCAGGCAGGCUGGAGGCCAGCUGGCCUCCCCACGUUCUGCUGCUGAGAACACUGCCAUACAACAGCUGAUCACAGCCUACAACAAAGCUGCCUUUCUGAGCAUGACAGAUGAGCGCACAGAGGGCAAGUUCAUUUACCCCACAGGAGAGGCUCUGGUCUAUACUAACUGGGCUCCCGGGGAGCCCAACAACAAUGGUGGAGCAGAGAACUGUGUGGAGAUCUUCACCAAUGGCCAAUGGAACGACAAAAAUUGUGGAGAGAAGCGUCUUGUUGUCUGUGAGUUCUGA